GCAGUUUUCCGGUAGAACGGUUUGUUUAUUAAACCGGUUUGAAUCUUUUAAAACUUUCUUUUUGUUCCUAUCACGUGAUUUGUGAUCCAUUAAACAACUUCUCCUCCGUUCAUUGAAUCCCAGUUGGUCCGGUGGCGUCGCUCCAACAUGGCGGACGCGGAUGAAAUCGCCCGGUUGUGCUACGCGCGUCUGGAGGCGCUGCCCCGCAGAGGGAGGCCCGAGGCCGGCAGAGAGUGGACCCUGCUGGCCGCGGUGCUGCAGCUCCGCCGCGGCGCUGCGUCAGUUAAGACGGAGGUCGUUUCCCUGGGAACUGGAACCAAAUGUAUUGGACAGACACACAUGAGUCCUAAUGGUGAUGUCCUCAACGACAGUCAUGCAGAAGUCAUUGCCAGGAGAGGAUGUAUCAGGUACCUGCUCCAGCAGCUGCACGGGGCUGUGAGUGGAGACGACAGCUCUGUGUUUUGUCCGUCUGAGGAGCAGGGGAAGUGGAGGCUCCAGCCGGGAGUUUCCUUCCUCUUCUUUACCAGUCACACUCCCUGUGGUGACGCUUCCAUCAUCCCCAUGACUGACAGCCCGUCUCAGCCCUGCCCCCCGGUCGCCUCUGUAAAGAGUCGUCAAGGGACGGAAGCAGGAGGAGACUUGAAAAGGAAAUCUGAGGAUCCAAGCGAAGGGCCACACACCAAGCUGGCUCGUGUGGACAAACAGGAGACGGCAGAGACCAGGACAGAGGACAGAGGAGACACAAAAACAUCAUUCCCCUCAAAUUCAUGUAAAAGUGAAGGUCCGUCUCAGACUCAUGCCACAGAAACACCAGAGGAAACUGUCUCACAUGCUUCAGCACAGCUGGAGAUAAAAACCAGAGGCCCCUCUGACAGCGCUGGACUGAGUUGUCGGGUCCCUGACAUUCACAGAACGGGGGCCAAGUGUGUCCCUGGUGGCGCAGCCGACCCCCUGCAGCCCGGGACGGGGUACCACAGCACAGGGGUGCUUCGGGUGAAGCCUGGUCGAGGUGAACCGACUCUCUCCCUGUCCUGUACUGACAAACUGUCCCGUUGGGCAGUGCUGGGCUUCCAGGGUGCUCUGCUGUCCCAUUACCUCCAGGAGGCGCUAUACUUCAGCACGGUGGUGGUGGGGAAGUGCCCGUACAGCAAAGAGGUCAUGCACAGAGCUUUGGUGACAAGAUGUUCCCAUGUGACCGACCUCCCUGCUGGUUUCUCUGUGAGUCCACCAGGGCUGCUCCAGUCCAGCCUGGAGUUCCGCUUCAGCCAGGCCCAGACCGAGCUGCAGCACCAGGCCACACAGGGACGCGUCUCCCCCUGUGGGGCAGCCAUCAGUUGGUGUAAUGUGACUGAACAGCCAAUAGAUGUCACUGCCAACGGCUACAAGCACGGAGUCACAAAGAAGGUGGUGGGCACAGCGAAAUCCAGGUCUCUUCUGUGUAAACUGGAACUGUUCCGCUCAUUCCUGUCUCUGGUUUCAGCCACGGAGCCGUCAGCACGCCCCGGCUCGCUCAGGAGAACCGAGCUGCAGACCUACUGGGACUACAAGCAGGCGUCCAGCUCGUACCAGCAGGCCUGGCAGCAGCUGCACAGCCAGGCGUUCCCUCUGUGGCCGCGCAGCGACAGAAACCUGCUUCUCUUCCACUGAGAUCCCUCAAACCUCUGCUGCUGAAUCAUCUUCAUCAUGUGACACUUUCAUUAAAUGACAAACUGCAUCUCCAGAGUGUUGAUUUCCUAACAGCUGGCGGGUCGAAGUUUGAGCCGUGGAUAAAUAUUGUUUGGUUUUGUCCGUCUCUCUCCGUCACCCAGGAAGUCGCCGCUGGCAGCCGCAGAACGCCCGGCGCGGUCACGCUGUUCUCAGAGGUUGAUGACCGUUGUUCUCCGUCCUCGGACGAUAGCUUUGUUUUCAUUGUGUGUGAAACGUGUUGUGACUGCAGCUGAAAACACAGCAGGACGUGUGACUGCAGGCGGAGAAUCAGUUUCCUCUGAUUCCACGUUAGAAGAAACUCCUUCCCUCCGACAGACUGAGGAUCUGUUGCGUUACAGCUUCAGCUCAGCAGAUUGUCGCAGGUUAUGAUCAGGAUGCUUUACAUUGUGUAUUUAAUGCUUUAAAAACAGCUGCAGUCUUUACAUUUAUGGUUUAGAAAUACAAGGGUUAUGUUUUCAUCUUUGACACAAACACGACUACGUCUUAUUGAAACUUGGUAGAAUUAUGUGGUCAAAGAAGAAAUCGUUAAACUUUGGGGCAGGUCCAGGAUUCUUUUAUCACUUUCUUCAACAUUGUGUGAUAGGUUUCUCAAACCCUGACCCACUGCUUUAAGUUGGGUUUGAACUGGUUUGGACUGGGUGUGAACUGGUUGUCAGGGUCGGGUUAAUGUUGAUCAGCGCAACAGGAAAUGAAACAUGAUUGGCACAAACGUACAUCGUGUUAAAUGUGUCCUCACACGUGCGAUACAAAAGAAAAAUGGAACUCUGCUCUAUAGCACUACUAGUGGUCAGAAACUGCACAUGGUCCCUUUAAUUUGGACCAAAUGUAAAAAGUAAAAGUCAAAAUGUUGGAACAUCAGAUUCAGACACGUUUCAUUUUGUAUUGACUUUUAUUGGUCAGCUCUUCCAGCUGCCUCACCUUUUUCAAAUAUCUAAAACUCUGCUACGUUUUCUUUUUAAAUAUAUUUAACGAUCAUACAACACAGAUGAAAUAAAACAAUCCUCCAUAUCAUAGCAUUCCGUCAUCAUUAUAUUACACUUCUACAGAGCAUUUUCAAAAGCCUCGAGUCAGCCUUGUGGAACAGCAGGUGUGUCGCUCCGAUUCAGCACCAAAAGCUUCAGCUGUGGACAGAACGCCAGCGACAGAUUCAUCAGGAGCGAGAGGAACGAUGGAUUCUGGCUUCACCUCUCGGACACCUGCGCAGCCAGAGACCCGAGCAGCGCUGCGCUUGAAAUACUGGACGUGGCUUUUGGUUUUUAUGGGAUUUAAACUCUGCUCAGGAUAAAUCUGCCUCCGGUGAUUUUAUUCACAAACAUGUUCAACUUUAAAAUUUGCAGCGACAGGGUUGAAUGUUGUGUGUCUGGUAAAAACCUCAGGAUAACGAAGCUCGUGAUGUUGUUGUCAUGCACCUGUUUGAUGUGUGUGUGUGUGUGUGUGUGUGUGUGUCACAGCUCAGGAAACACGCAGCUGCCUCCGUGUUUGUGUCUCAGUGGGGUGUAAACAGUUGUUCUGAUUCUCUUCCAGUGCAACAUAGUGAGUCACUUGACGACUGACGUGUGUUUUCAAGUUGCCUUUCAAAUGAACUUAUUAUACCGUGAUCACGUACCUGGUGUGACGCGUCAUUUACCUUUAACUCCAUCAAUGCAACAACAGGAAACUGCUAAAGGUUUUAUACAGAGCAUGCAUCAGAUUUAAAUAAACUUACAAAUAAACUUGUGUUGGGAGUUCUUUAGCAGUUCACUCAGGUACAUGUUGGCCUCACAGGUCUGAAUCCUGGGUGGAGUCUAAUGUUAGCAACACCCCAGGGACUGGUGCUGGCCCCCGGGCCCUGAGCGGAACACACGCUCUAAACCCGCUGCCUCCUCGCCACUUUACAGCCCCGCCCCCCUCGUUCACCACGCCAGCAGCCUGCUCCGCCCCCUGUCACAUGCUUAUAGUCGCCCUCGUUGCCAACUGUGGUGCUGGAGUGUACGUGUGGAGUUAAAUUACAUAUCUAAGUCUUAAUACAUGACAUAUAAAUACAUCCAUAAUGAGAUUAAUGAUUGAUUGACUAUAUGAUUACAGGAUUUCUCUCGGUGACAAUAAAACUGCACGGAAACCAACUGAAGCAUGAUCGUGUCGUGUGUAAUGAUGCAUGUGCGUGUUUUUAUUUGAGUCCGACACUGAUGACGUUAA